CGAACGCGGGCGGGGGCACUUUCAGCAAUCGCAGUGUCCACCAGCGAAGAUGGCGAUCGCGAAAAAGUACAUCUUGCUUUUCUCAGUUUCCUUGCACGCGCUGUCCGUGAAGACUUUUAUCCAAGCCCGGGAACAAGGGGAAACGCCAGACACGCCCAUGCCGACAACACCGGAGUAUCCCACACCAUCAAGCUCUUCGGGCACAGGGAAUGAAACCGGCUCAAGGGACAUCUACGAAUCACUGACCUUAAUUGAACUGGGCGGUACAUCGGUUGACAUCUGCACCCAGCGUCACCUUUGCAGCAGCCUUGGUUGUAGUUUCCAGCCGCAUAUGGCCAACAGCUCUUCGGCCGCCCCGUUGUGCCAAUGCGAUGGACUUUGUAACUUCUUCCAUGACUGUUGCAUAGACUACGAAGGAACGUGUAUGACAACGGCCAACGAUGAAUUUUCGACUUCCCAACGUUUGGGAAAAUUAACGCUUGUUGAUUUCAAGUGCAACGUUGAGAGAUUCCAACAGUCUGAAGGAUACUACGUCAUUGCCGUUUGUCCCAAUGACAAUCUGACUGGCGAAGAAGUCUUACGGCAACGGUGCGAGCAAAUUGACACGGACGAUUUUCUGUCAGAAAUUCCAGUUCUGGGCGUGAAGAAUCAUUUCCCGUACAGGAACGUGUACUGCGCCCUCUGCUGGCGGGAAAAUGUAACGGAUCUGGAACCAUGGUCCUUGACUUUUGAGUGCACCCAAGUUUCUUACCAGGAGGAGGCCUUUGAUCUGUUGUCAUUAUCCACGUCCAGGGAGACGCUGGAUAUAAUAAGGUACGAAGUGGGGUGCAUAUUGGUCAAGGAACCGCCGGGUAGGGCUGGCUCUGCUGUCAGAACCUGCUACCUCGACGCGAGAGCAGAAUGCCCGAUCGGUCACCCACUGGCACCGCUCUGCUCGUCGUACACAGCUCUCACUGCGACCGUCGACUUUGUGUCUCGAACUCUUUACAAGAACCCGCACUGUUUGAUAUGCAACAACAAUAAGACUAUAGAUUUCGUUGAUUGCUUACGGAAGUAUCCCGUAUUGGUAACCGACGACACCUUAUAUAGACCGCCUGCACCCGCCCCGCAGUUCCCCGGGCCUCCUCCAAUUUCGAUCGUCUUUGACUUCCGAUCCGCAGGUAAUGUCAAAUUGGUGAGUGAAGGCAGAGUGGUGGUCAGUGAGGUCCCUGUCACUUGUUCAGUGAACGAAGUGUACGACCCAUUUCUUUCAAGAUGUCGCAGGCUGACGUGUGCGGAUGGGUAUGCUUUGGAAGGGGAACGCUGCGUUCGGCUGGCGGGAGAUAUCCACGUAUCCGGCCAGGAAAUGAUCACCUACUUCCACGUAGCCGCCUGUGCCGACCGCCGGACUGCUGAAGAUCCACUGGAGGAAAUUAUCAAAACCUGUCUGGAUGACCUUGUACAAGUUAACAGAAGUCAGAUGGAAAUUUCAACGAUGGAUUCGGAAUUGCUCCAAUCAAAUAACUGCUUGGGGCAGCCAGGAAAGAGGCCAGUUGUCUUUGCAUUCAUGACUCGGUUAAAACGGGCAGCUUUUCAGGAGGUUCAUCAGAAGGUAUUGGCAAUGGAAGGCCGCACCUUUUGUUCUGAUCUUGCCGAUACCACAUCGAUCACUUCUAUGGAAAUUCUAUACCACGACGCAAGCUUAUCGCUGGCAAGGUGCGCCGGGAGGUGGCAGAAUGUAACGGCCGAUAGUGAUUUGGCAGUCCCCAGAAACAUGACCAUUUGGCGGGAGACAUUUGAUUGGCUAACGCGACAACCUCCAGCGGCCAUUUCGUCGCCUCCGUCUCAAGUCCAGCUCUGUCAGAAUCCCGACCUCAGUUGUCUGCUUGAGACUUUCAAUCGUUCCCUGUUUCUCCCCGCCGGUGACGACGAAAAUACCCUGGUUUACAUGCCCACGCGGGCCGUUUUUAAUCGAGACAGUUACAUAGAAACUGCCGACGGCGAAAUCCAAGUUUGCUCCUUCAACGAGCAGAACGGAACUCGCAAUAUCACCCAGACUUUUACUUUCUUCCAGUACUCCCUACCGCAACAAAUUCUCAACCUCACUGCAAACAUAGUCUCGAUGUUGGCAGCAGUCGUCACUUUCGUGACAUUCUGUGUCUUCAAGAAGCUCCGGAAUCGCACCAGCGGGCCCAUCCUGAAUUUCACAGCGGCGCUCUUCCUCGCCCAACUUCUGCUCCUGUUAAGCGGCGUGGCGACCCAAGCUCAGGCCGCCUGCACCAUCGUGGCCCUGUUGGCGCACUACUUUCUCCUUGUCUCUGUCAUGUGGACUGGAGUCCUGGCCUUCAUUCUCAACCGCACGUUCACGGCGUGGAAGAACACCUGUCGAAGCAGAAGCACUGGGGUUUCCCUGGCGUCGCUGUCAUUUGCCUGGGGUGUGCCGUUGUUGAUAGCACUCCCUUGUUUUAUCCUACACGUCUGCGACUGCACAGAUCUUCCCCUGUGGUACGGAAAUGAACACGUGUGUUGGAUCGGCAACGGUUAUGUCAGCAUUGUUGUGGUAGGCGUUCCCAUCGGGGCUGUGGUCUUGACAAACAUCGUCUUGUUUUCUCUCACCGUCUGUGGGAUCAGGAAAACAAAGAGAGAUACGCAACACGUACUCAGCAACAAGCCUGAAAUGCAGCAGAUCGUGGAAGAAGUGGUUAUUUACAUCAAGAUAGCCACCCUCAUGGGAUUCACAUGGAUCUUUGGUUUUGCGGCGGCUAUAAGUGACGUCGUCGCCCUGUGGUACGUCUUCAUCCUCCUCAACUCAAGCCAGGCAUUGUACAUCUUCUUCGCUUUCAUUUGCAACAAGAAAGUCUGGUGUUUCUGGAAAAGAACCGCCCGGUCGACGUGUGGUCCAUGGUGCGGAAAGAGGCAUGAUGACGGGUCCGUAACGAAACAGUCGCAGACCCUUGCAGGUGCUAAAACAUACGAUACCGGGUUAUAGGAAGUGUUCGGGGGACACAUUUACCUGGGGACGGUUUUACUUUUGACAUAGGCAACUGGUGCCGUGUUGUUACACAAACACGCACCGACUCGAACCUCGUUGCAGAUUACAUUGUUGCGAUAGGGACCUUGCUUUGUCAGGAAUGAAAACAAUAAAGAACAAAGGAUUAGAUCUAAAAUUUUCCUUGUAAUAAGCAUAAUACUGUACAGUGCUUUUAUUAACGAGGAUUGGCUGUAUUUUGCAUUUCUUUAUGGGCAAGUCCGCAUUAAGUUUGUCUUAGGCUCUAGUCUACGGAAGCGCUUUAUGACAUGACUGAAAAAAAAAAACUGCUCAACUAUUUCUCUCUGGCAGAUUAUUUAGCCAAAGCGGAUUACUUUAUCGCCAGGGUGGAUUAUUUCGCCUGUGCCGAUUACUGUCGAAAUGGUGGAACAACAGACCGUCAGGGCGAAAGAUUAAUCGGCCUUGAGUAGUAAUCCACCUAGGCAACUUAGUGCUCCUUUUUGUAGCCAUGUCCCCAAUGCACUUCCGUACAGGUGAGCGGUUCUUUCCUGGCUCGCUUUGCAUCAAUGAGGCCCGGGUUCGAGUCCCAGCUUGGCCCAGGCUUUAAGUGCAUUUGGUUUCCAGUCCAUCCUCGCUCU